AUGGAUGAUAGCUUCGCUCUUGGUUUCAAAAAGUACCCUCAUAUGCGCAGUUCACUCUACACACUGACAUUAGAACUUCAAGCUACUCAGAUGCUUGGAAAUCACCCCUCCUUCUAUUCAGAUGCUCAAGUGGUCAAAUUCGACGAAAAGUCCGAUGCUUCUUUCACCUGUCCGAUCUACUCCGUUCCCGGAUCUAAGGUCGAGUGGUCCCGAGUGGAUGGCGAUCUCCCACCCAACGCAGUUCCCAACGGAAACAGACUUGAGAUCAAAGAUUUCGAUGACACCGCUGCCGGCAUGUACAUGUGUAAAGUAACAUUCGACAACAACGUCGUCGAAGGUUUCGUCGACGCUCAAAUAUUUGUUCCCGACACCAUCAUUCAAGUUCUUCUUGACGUUUCAUCGGAAUCGGUCAACGUCGGUGAUCGAGCAUGGUUCGAUUGCAAGGUUACUGGAGAUCCAUCAGCCGUAAUUUCAUGGUCGAAGGAAGGAGCUGAUGAAUUACCGGAAAACUCUCAGGUGACCGGAGGUCGAUUACUGUUCAACGAGGUGACUGAGGAUAACGCCGGAGUGUACAAGUGCCGAGCGAAGACGAAAGCUGGACCAUUGGAGACGCGAACCGUGCUGAACAUCGGCUCGGCAAAACGCAAGCGCAAGCAUACCCGCGGUCGCCACGCCCGACGGAAUCAUCGACGACGUGCUGCGAAUGCGUUAAGGCAACAUAAGAAAAAGCUCUUGACGCAUUCGACAUUUGGCUCAAAAGGGGUGAAGUGCAGCGUCCUGUUUCUGCUCCCAUCGACUUCUACGUAA